AUGCAUUUCUCUCUCGCUGUCCCAGUCCUGGCUCUCACCACUGGUGCCGUCGCCAAUGUCGUCACUGAGACUGUUACUGCCUAUACUACCUACUGCCCCGAGGCUACCAGCUUCUCGCACGGCAGCCAAACCUACACUGUCUCCAGCGCUGGCUACCUCACCAUGACAAACGGUCCUUACACCGUCACUCGCCCACUGCUCACUGAGACCGUCACCCAGUGUAACAAGUGCUCAUCCACCCCCGUCAUCUCAGCCUCAUCCACCCCCGUCAUUUCAGUCUCAUCCACCCCCGUCAUCUCAGCCUCAGUUUCCUCAAUUCCCCUCAUCUCCACCCGUGUCGCAGCUGCUUCUACCCCUCUCGUUGUCGCCAGUGGUUCUAGUGGCUCUGGUUCCGAUGAUUCUGGUUCUGGUGGUUCCGGUGCCUCUUCUACCGGCACCUCUGGCGCUGGUGCUACAGGUGCUUCUGCUACUCCCGUUUUCAACGCCGGUGCUAUGAAUGCUGCUACUGGUGCUGGUGCUGCUUUGUCUGCUGUCUUCGGUGUUGUCGCUCUCCUGCUGUAA